AUGUCUCAUCAGAGUGGUAUUCAAGUAUCCAAAGAGCUUUCAGAAGCCUUUACUCAAGCUGUUUCUCAAGGCAAUGUGCGUAUACUUCGCGUCUCCAUUGAACAUGACUAUAAAAAGUUCAUUGAAACCUAUCUGGAUACCCAUACACCUGCUUAUAUCUUUGUUCGUUAUGAUGAAAAAGGCACUGGAGGAGAAUACAAAUGGCUCUUUCUUUGCUAUGUGCCUGAUAAUGCCAAAGUUCGAGACAAAAUGUUGUAUGCUUCUACAAGAGCCACUUUAACAAAAGAACUGGGUGAUUACCGUUUUACAGAUAGCGUGUAUGGUACAGAAAAAAAAGAAUUUACCUGGGAAGGAUACAAGAAGCAUCUUGCUCAUAAGGCUGCUGAAGCUCCCUUGACAAGACGUGAACAAGAAUUAGCAGAAAUCAAAGCUGCAGAGGCUAAAGCAGUGUCUGAUUAUCAAGGCACAACCACCAGAAAGAGUUAUGCUCCUGGUGUUGCUUUUCCUUUAACAGACAAAGCGGUAGAGGCUCUUAAGGAAUUAACAAAGGACAGACAAGAACGUUCCUUUAAUUUUGUGUCUUUGUAUUUAGAGAAUGAAAAGAUUGAUUUAGACAAUCAAGACCAAGUCUCUAUAGAUCAACUUUGUAAGGCAAUCAGACAAGAUGCACCUCGAUUUACCUUUUAUGUGUAUGAGAAUGGAUCAACUGAAAGCCUUGUGUUUGUCUAUACAUGUCCCUCUACAUCUAAAAUAAGAGAGCGUAUGUUGUAUUCUUCUUCUAAAGCCAAUGUCAUUACCGCGGCUGAAAAUGAAGUCUCUCUUAAGUUUGAGACCAGUGACUUGGAAGACUUGACUCAAGCCUAUUUUGAUGAGGAAUUGAAUCAGACUACAAGUGGAUCUGCACCCAGUACACCCACAGGUAGUAUUGUAGGUGAUCGUAUUCAAAUGUUGGGAGGAACUCAACAAGGUUUCAAGAGACCUAUGGCUCCUGGUAGAAGAAGACCUGGUACAACUACUUCAAAUGCCUCUUUUUAA